GGUGUUCAUAGGAAUGGAAGCACUGUUUCCUUGCCAGAUUCCUUAUCGCUAUAUCUCAUGAACCUACCUAAUCCUGGGGAAGAGCCUGCGUCUAAUGAUGACAAACCUGUCACCGGUGUAGCAACAACAGUCUGAGGGGAAAAAAACAAAAAUAAAGAAGCAUUUAAGUUUAUAUUCAAAAAAGAAGUCAUUUCAACCAGCAACUUCUGUGGCACUAUUUUUCCAAGAUGAACCGAUACACAACCAUGAAACAGUUGGGGGACGGCACUUAUGGGAGUGUGCUGAUGGGCAAGAGUAACGAAUCUGGGGAGCUGGUGGCCAUCAAAAGAAUGAAGAGAAAGUUCUAUUCCUGGGAUGAAUGUAUGAACUUGAGAGAAGUUAAGUCUCUGAAGAAACUUAAUCAUGCCAAUGUGAUUAAGCUAAAAGAAGUUAUCAGAGAAAAUGACCAUCUCUAUUUUAUAUUUGAAUAUAUGAAAGAAAACCUCUAUCAAUUAAUGAAAGACAGAAACAAGCUGUUCCCUGAGUCAGUCAUCAGAAAUAUUAUGUAUCAAAUAUUGCAGGGGCUGGCAUUUAUCCAUAAACAUGGUUUUUUUCAUAGGGAUAUGAAACCAGAAAACUUGCUUUGUAUGGGUCCAGAACUUAUAAAAAUCGCUGAUUUUGGACUUGCCAGAGAAUUAAGAUCACAGCCACCAUAUACUGAUUAUGUAUCUACCAGAUGGUAUCGUGCCCCUGAAGUUUUAUUAAGAUCUUCAGUUUAUAGCUCUCCCAUUGAUGUGUGGGCUGUUGGGAGCAUAAUGGCUGAACUAUAUACAUUAAGACCACUUUUCCCAGGGACAAGUGAGGUCGAUGAAAUCUUUAAGAUUUGCCAAGUUUUAGGGACUCCCAAAAAAAGUGACUGGCCAGAAGGGUACCAGCUUGCAUCCUCUAUGAACUUCCGUUUUCCCCAGUGUGUUCCUAUAAACUUAAAAACUCUUAUUCCCAAUGCCAGUAAUGAAGCUAUUCAGCUUAUGACUGAAAUGUUGAAUUGGGAUCCAAAGAAGCGACCAACAGCAAGUCAGGCAUUGAAACACCCGUAUUUUCAAGUUGGUCAAGUAUUAGGCCCUUCCUCACAUCAUCUGGAAUCAAAACAAUCUUUAAAUAAGCAGGUGCAACCACUAGAAUCAAAGCCAUCUUUAGGGGAUCUAGAAUCUAAGCCUCUGCUGGACAUAAACAAUCAGACGGUCAGACAGCCCCAGUCGAAAAACCGCCACCAGCCACUGCAGUCCAUCCAGCCUCCACAGAACACGAGUGUCCAGCCAGCGCCAAAGCAGCUGGGUCAACAGAAAGAGCCACAAACACUGUUUCCAAGUAUCGUCAGAAACAUGCCAACUAAGCCAAACGGCACACUGGGUCAUAAAAGUUCAAGGAGGCGUUGGGGUCAGACUGUGUUCAAGUCUGGAGAUAGCUCGGAAGAGUUUGAGGACUGUGAUCUUGGAGCCUCCCAUUCCAAGAAGCCAAGCAUGAGUGUAUUCAAAGAAAAGAGGAAAAAAGAUUCUCCAUUUCGGCUUCCAGAGUCGGUACCCUCAGGCUCCAACCACUCGGCAGCAGGGGAAAACAAGAGCUUACCUGCUGCUUUUUCCCUAAAAUCUGAUUCUGAACUGUCAACUGCCUCAACAGCCAAACAGUACUACUUGAAGCAAUCAAGAUACCUUCCAGGUGUAAAUCCCAAGAAUGUGUCCUUGGUAGCCAGUGGAAAGGACCUAAACCCAUAUACAUGGAGUAAUCAGUUAUUUCCUAAGUCAUUGGGACCCAUGGGGGCAGAACUUGCUUUCAAAAGGAGUAAUGCAGGAAAUCUUGGAAGUUAUGCUACUUACAACCAGUCAGGAUAUAUUCCUUCCUUUCUCAAAAAAGAAGUGGGGUCAGCUGGCCAGAGGAUACACUUCGCGCCGCUCGGUGCAACCACCUCAGAAUAUACCUGGAACACAAAACCUGGUCGGAGUCAGUUUUCAGGACCUACUUACAAACCUACAGCCAAGAAUCUAAAUAUCGUGAACCGUGCACAGCCAGUUCAUUCGGUGCAUGGAAGGACAGACUGGGUGGCCAAGUACGGCGGCCACCGGUAGGAGUCUCAUGUGAAGCCCGACAGCAUUGCUCCAUGGAAUCCAUGCAAGUCCCCUGACCCUGGGAAAUGUCUACAGAUGUCUAUUUCUACUGAGUUCUGGAAGAAAUAUGCAGUAGUAGGUACUCUGAAGAGCAAAAACCAUCCCCUAUUUUCUUUUCUAGAAAUGAAAUGCAUUUUCUUAGCAUCAAUUGCCCACAGUGCUGAUAUAUGGGUAGGACUUUACAAAGUAUUGAAUAAACUAUUUGCCAAAGUA